UUUCGUUAUCAUCUGUAUUAUUGUUGUGUUUUGAAGUCAACCAUUCGUUUACGUACAUAAUGAGUAUCUCACUCAGCAGUAGGCGUGCAUCGGCGCUUUGGUGAAAGGUUGAUCAGAUGCCAAGUGACCAGAGAGCACAAGGAUGACGAAGACAUGUUGAUAACAGAGAUGACAGCAGUGAUGUGAAACAGACAAUGUAUGAAAUGAGAAAAACGUCAGUGGGUUUAAUAAUAGUGUGCAAUAGAAUAAAUAGCAGUGAAUAACACAGCAUUACCCAUAAACAGAUGAAGAGAGUUGUAGGAGUUCGCUUGAUAAGAUCAGUGAAAGGGAAACCAUCAACGCGGCGAAGUGAAACAUUUCCCUCUUGAGAAACUAUACCGGAAGUCCUGACAAGACUGCGAGGCAUCACAGAGCAUAUCAAUACAAGCAGGUAGAGUUUACACAUAAAUAACACCAUUCCCAAAUGAUGAACUAAGACGACUGAUAAAGACGUGCCUGCGGUUAGCAAAAGGAGAUGCGUCAGGGAACCACGAGGCAUAAGUCAGAGAACGAGGUCCUUUCAUUCAAGUCAAGGAUGUGGUUUCGGGGGAUUAUCACGGCGCACGUUUUCCUCGCUCAUUUGACACUGCAGGGGGCUUACGCGUUUAGCAUAUCCCGUGACAGUAUUUGGAUCGAAUCCCACUCCAGCAUGAGGGGAUGGGGCGUCGAUGUUGGGCAGUGCUCCAGUGCCAAAGGUCACACCAAGCAGAGUCGUGCAGGCUGUGGUGAAAGGCCUCCCUUCUUCAAUCGGAAAUGGUAUCUCUCUUCGGGAGUUACGAAAGAGGUCCAUGCACCUCAGCCAGGGGAAGGCAUGGUCUUGCUGGUUUUCAAUCAACGAAACGCUCGCCUUCUGUUGCAUAAGGUUUUUCCUCUUGGCCACUACUGGUUCUUCUGGUCCGACUUCCAGUGGUACAUCAAGAAUAUUGCACCUGGGCGCCUUGUAGUACUGACGAUAUCUGUGUCAGGUACUCUUGGUCUUCGUCACACGACCGCAAUGUUAGCCAAACUGGGAUCAGUGCUUGCUCAACAUCUCACACUCCAAGCCCACUGGAGCUGGAUUUUUAUUAAAGGCGGCCGCACCAUCUCAGAAACAGCAGUUGUCACAAACCUAAAUAAUAUCCAACAGCAUUCAGCGUUGCCCCUUUGUUCUCUCUCAGAACUAGGACUCGGAAACAGCAGUAGCAUUGAACAGUCUCGCUGGCAAUACUGUGCUACAGAGGGAGCAAUGGGAGAAUUAUGUGACGAGCACAGUCCCUUACCUUUGCCUGUACCUUUCCCUCCUUCACUGGGGAGUGAAGCAGCUACAGCUCUUGCCAAUAUACCUGUGAUAUUAACAGCUGGCAGUAGACACCAAUACUUGAGACAUACCCUAACAGUACUACUUUCAACCCCUGGUAUACAGUUAGUUGAUUUAUUUGUUAUUCUUGGGGAUGCACCACCGCCUACGAUAAAACUUUUAUAUCUCCUGAAUGUCAGCUACACUAUUUUACCCGUCAGCGGCAAUUACAAUAAUAAGCUAUUCACAUACUACAGAAAUGUCUAUGAAUAUGUAGCUGAAAAUUUUGCAAAAGCCCCAGCAGUCAUAUUCCUGGAUGAAGAUGUAGAAGUAUCCCCAGAUUUCUUUUCGUAUAUGAGUCAGACAUUGUGGCUACUGAAGGCAGAUCCAUCUAUUUACUGCAUCAAUGCCUUUUCAGCUACAGGGUUUAGGGAAUUGUCUUACCAUCCCUCUAGGCUCUUCCGAGGUUCUGUGCAAGUUGAAUGGGGUUAUGCUAUUUCUUUGAACUUUAUAAAAGAGGCACUUAGCAUAUGGCCGAAAGAGUCACAUGGUAUCAAGGUAAUCCUUUACGACUACUUCUUGUAUACCUUUGUAAGUAAAGAAAGGGAGUGUGUCUUUCCUGAAGUUGGUCGUAGUUUUCAUUAUGGGGCAGGUACUAAUACCAUGGCCAAUUUAAUAACAAUGGAAAGAGCUUUUCUCAAUAAGACACUGUUACAAGAUUUUGGAGUAAAACUCUCUAAUGUUGACAGACUUUCGCUGGCUCACUGGAAAGAGGAACUCCAACACAACAUUUCUCAAGCAACUGUACUUGUCGGCAACCCUUGUAAAGACAAUCUAGUAACAGAGUCUCUGAAUUCAACCCAGGGCCACAGUUUGUUAGUGUUCUAUCACCACCUUGAUACGACUGAGGAAAAUGGGAUAGAGGUCCCGGAUGUUACCCAGUAUUAUCAUCUUUACAGCUGCUUUGGAGCGUGGAGCCUUUCAGAACAAGGACAGCACAAAGGAGUAGGGAUCUUAUCCUUGGCCACUAAUGUUACCCUGUACAUAGUGGGUGUCCCAUACUCUCCAUACUCCAAUCUUAAACCUAACUGGGUACCGCUCUGGGAUGUUAAUUCGAUCCCAGAGGAGGAGUUCAUCAUUGUAGAUGAUAAUAUGUUACAUCGUGGAGAAUUUACUGUGCACGUCCCAAAUCUAAACAUGACCACAACUAGGCUAAUAAGCAAGUUGUCAGGCCUUUGA